GUCUAGAACGUCAAAAGACUUGUAAAAGAUGAUGUACUAACUGAGAAUUUUCGACACCUGUUAUUGGUCAAGUCAAUAAUACAAAACAAUUAUGUAUUAUUGUGUAGAUAUAGCAAAACUCCAUAAACCUUAAUCAAAGGAAGUAGUUCAACAACCAAAGCCUAGACCGUCACAAAGACCACCGACCCCAAAUAUUACAAACGGACCAGUUCUCUGUUCACAACACAACACUCAUCAUUUUGUCCGAAUCUGAACAAAACAAACCAAAAACUGUUAGAAAAGUAGGAAAGAGUUGGUCACCCAAAUUAAGCCACCUUUGCUUCCUCAAUUCCUUAUUUAUACCAUCAAAAGACUCCACAAUAUCCAAAUCAAACAUAACAAAAACCAACAAAACAAACUCAAAAGGAUUCUUCUUCAAACACAACAUCUUCAAGAAAACAUGAAAAUGGAAAUGGGUUUAGUGUUCCUUACAGUUUUUAUGGCUGUGAUGUCUUCUACAAUGGUCUCUGCUCAGUCAAGCUGCACAAACGCGUUGAUUAGCAUGUCGCCGUGUCUCAACUACAUAACUGGAAACUCUACCUCUCCUAAUCAGCAAUGCUGUAAUCAGUUGAGUAGAGUAGUCCAGUCUUCUCCUGACUGUUUGUGUCAAGUCCUUAACGGUGGAGGCUCUCAGCUUGGGAUCAAUGUUAACCAAACACAAGCUCUUGGUCUGCCUAGGGCUUGUAAUGUUCAGACUCCUCCUGUCAGUCGCUGUAAUACCGGUGGUGGUGGUGGUGGUUCUACUUCUGACUCUCCUGCAGAAUCACCAAACUCUUCAGGACCAGGUAAUGGAUCGAAAACCGUACCAGUAGGAGAAGGAGACGGACCCCCAUCGUCUGAUGGAAGCUCUAUCAAGUUCUCAUUUCCUCUUAUUGCCUUCUUCUCCGCGGUUUCCUACAUGGCAAUCUUCUGAGUUACUAUUUUCCCAUACGCUUUUGUGCCACUCAGAUUGCAUUCUUUAUUUGUCCCUAUUUAUUCACAUUUCGUUGUGAUUUUGUGUGAUGUAUUUUAUGCUCUGUAAAUCCCUACUCUCCGGGUGAUAUUGCUUUGUUGUACCAACGGAGAGCAUUUUGGAUCUCUUUACCUUUUAUAAUAAACAUUACUUUCCAGAACACAGUUUGAAGAACAGACCAUUUAGCUCUCUCAACAAAUAUCAAGUUUAGAUGGCAGCAAUCUAACUGUUUUGGGUUCAAAACUCAAGAGCCAGAGAUGGCAAAUAGAAAAAGAUAUCCCAAAGACUUGUUUCACUUUGCAUGAAACAAAACAUCCUAUAGAAUAUGACAGACUUUAGGCGGCACGCAACAAUCUAGCCUUAAUUAUGAAACAUGAAACCUUAUGAGGGAUAAACUUUUCAAGUUAGAUAUGAGAAGAACCA